AAAGAUCCUUAUAUGGAAAAAUUUGGUGAAGCGUUAAAAGUUAUAAAUAGUAAACAGAAGCUUAUCCACAUGCGAUACCUUUUAACUGAAAGAGGAAUUAUAAAUGUGUACAUUGAGCAUGUGUGUGAUGAGCCAAACAUUUUAGCUUUGCUUGAGGGUGGCACUAUUCUACAUGAAGCAAUUGAUGAAGGUACAAUGGACAUUGGGGAAGGCUAUGUGACACAAAAUUCACAACCAACCCCAAAUUGUACUGAAGCUCUAGAAACAGUUGAAAGUGAGGGUGAUGAAACAGAUGUAAUGCAUGGAGGUGAUGCAUCCCAACAACAAGAUCCAGAGAAGAAUGAUCAUGAUGAUGAGGAAUUGCCUAAUAUUAUGCAUAGUGAUGUAGAUGAUGAGGAUUGUGGGGAAGGCUGUGUGACACAAAAUUCACACUCAGCCCGAAAUUUUCAUGAAACUCCAGAAACAGCAGCUGAAUGUGAUGCUGAUGAAAUAGAUGCAGUGCAUGAAGAUGGUGCUGGACCAAGUGACACAAUCCAUGAGACCCCUACCACAAUUAAUGAAGAUGGUGAAAGGGUCCCUAUAGGAACUGAUGGCCAUGGAGAUUUGGCUUAUGAUUCUAGCUUUGAAAAUAGUGAAGAUGAAUUUGAGGUUUCUAGCGAUGAUUCAGGUGAGUACAAUGUUGUGGAUGAAGAUGAACCUAAAGAAGAAGAAGAAGAAGAAGAUGUAAGAACUACUAAAAGUGGUGAUUUAUGGUUUAAUCCUUCAUGGACUGAUGUUUGGUUUGAGAUAGGGAUAAAGUUUGAGCAUGUUGCACAGUUUAAAGAGGCUAUAGCUAAGUACCAAAUUCAAAAAGGUUAUAGGUUGAAGCCUAUUAAAAGUGACCCUACUAGACCAAUAAUUGGAGUAGAUGCCUGUUUCUUUAAGGGGAUGUUUAAAGGAACUCUUUUGGCAACUGUUGCAAGAGUUGGGAACAAUCAAAUGUUCCCAAUUGCUUGGGCUGUUGUUGACUCAGAGUAUUCUAGCUCAUGAACCUUUUUUUUUAGAUGCCUAGCUGAUGAUCCAUCAAAUCACAGUAGGCGAGACUUAACCUUCAUUUCGGACCAACAUCUUGUAAGUGUGCACAAUUUAUUAUGAAUUAAUUUACAAAAAUUUU